AAAGUGACUCCGCCCUGCACCCCCGCAACACACACCGUGCUUAGUUUCCUUUUCCGGGCCCCGGAGAGGUGGGGCCAAGGUGGGAGCAUGAGGUUGUCUUUAGCUGCCGCUAUCUCCCACGGCCGCGUCUACCGCCGCCUGGGCCUCGGUCCCGAGUCCCGGAUCCACCUUCUACGGAACUUGCUCACAGGCCUAGUUCGCCACGAACGCAUCGAGGCGACAUGGGCACGCGUGGACGAGAUGAGGGGCUACGCGGAGAAGCUCAUCGACUAUGGAAAGCUGGGAGACACCAACGAACGAGCCAUGCGUAUGGCUGACUUCUGGCUCACUGAGAAGGACUUGAUCCCAAAGCUGUUUAAAGUGCUAGCGCCUCGGUUCCAAGGUCAGAAUGGCAACUACACAAGAAUGCUACAGAUCCCGAAUCGAAAGGAACAAGAUCGGGCCAAGAUGGCAGUGAUAGAAUAUAAGGGGAACUGCCUCCCUCCCCUGCCUCUGCCUCACAGAGAUAGCAACCUUACUCUCCUAAACCAGCUACUCCUGGGACUGCAGCAGGACCUGCACCAUAACCAGAAAGCAAGCCUCCACAGCUCCCAUACAGUUCAAACACCAAAGACUUAACUGGAGCUGGAGAGUGCAUAGGUGUGGUACCUGUGUUGGUGGGUCUUGGAGCUCUUGUAGUGUGUGAGACCUUGAAGUGGCAUUGUGGAGCCCCCUCAUAAUGAGGCCCAGACCUCCCUGCUGACUAGAAUUGAUCCUCUUUGCACAGUAGAUAAAAUCCUUGAUAUGAAUAUAAGACACUGACUUUCUUUUCCUUCCCUAGGAUUUCUGGAACAUAAGGAACAUGCAGAUGCUCAGCCUCCUACGACAGUAAAUCCACUGCUUUACCUUUCUGAGUCUUAGGUCCAGUUUUGCUUUGCUUUUUGGUGGGGAGAGGGUCUUGCUGUGUAAUCCAGGUUGCAUCUACCAUGCAGCAGUCCUCCUGUCCCUUUUGCCCAAGUGCUGGGCUUGAAGGUGUUCACCACCACACAGUGCCAGUUUGCUUAUGUUUUGUUUAUAUUUUUCUGAGACAGAGUUUCUUUGGCUGUCCUGGAACUCUCUUUGUAGACCAUGCUGGACUUGAACUAAGAAAUCCACAUGCAUUUGCCUCCUGAGUACUGGGAUUAAAGGCAUGGGACACCA